GGAGACAUAACCGGAGUGUCCUGGAACAAACAGGUGCCGCACAUCAUAGCCAGUACAGGCGUAGACGGCCUUUCAGUCGUGUGGGAUCUGCGCGAGAGUAGACCCAUCAUCACGUUUGCUGACAGUGGCAGUGUGCGCACACGUUGUAUUGCGCUCGAGUGGAGUCCUGAGAAUGCCACCCAAUUGGUCACUGCCAGCGAAGAAG